AUGGCCAAUCUUUCUGCUUUCACCGAAGCACAAACAACUCUUUUAAUCGACAUCGAUGUCGAAAAUACGACCACAGCGGCAACCGAGAUCGUCGCCGGCGGACCGAGAACGACGAGGCCUCCGGACUACCAGGGCCUCAUCCUAGGGACAACACUCGUCAUCCUCAUCAUCGUGGCGAACUUCGUCAGCCUGGUUGCAUUCGUCAUCGAAAAGCGCCUCCGGACUUACAACAACUAUUUCAUCAUCAAUCUAACUAUCGCCGACCUGUUCGUUGGGUUAUUGCAAAUCAUCGGUGUCACUCAUACAUUCAUUGGUUAUUUCCCUUUUAACCAAACGAUCUGCAGAAUAUACAUCGGUCUCCGGAAUGCGAACUUUUCCGUUUCCGUGGUCGGCGUCGUCAUCAUUUGCAUCGACCGACAUCGUGCGACUUACGAUCCUAUUAAUCACUUUAUGACCCGCAGCAAGGCCAAGGCGAUGAAGCUGAACGCGCUCACUUGGUUGAUCUCCUACGGGUUCUGGAUGCCCUUCACCACCGGAUGGGACUACGCCGUCGACCACGACGCCGGCCGGCACUGCGUCGGCGCGUUCUCACGAUCGACCAUCGGGAACAUCACCCAGAAUAUCAUAUCAUUCUUCAUCCCUCUCGUGAUCAUCUCCGUGCUCUAUCUACGGAUCUUUCUCAAGAUCAAGGAGACGAUCGGCGGUAAGAGUGUCAAGAAGCAGUUUGACAACCCUGAAGGAAGCAUUGGUGCUGACGGUCUUUCUACCAGCAAUGCAACCAUCGUUAGUGAACUCACAUCUGAUGAUGUGAUAGAGAUGAAGACGAAUCCUAUCGCGGCUCCUGAAGUCAAGACCACUGGCCAAGCAGGUAGCAGGAUCGGAAAGGUGAGUGCGAACGAUAAGGGACGCAACCACAAGCGAGAGUCGUCCAACGAAAUGCAGAAAGCCACUCGAACUCUUUCCUACAUCGUCAUCUCUUUCAUCAUCGCCUGGUUACCCAACAAUAUCAUCUACUUAUUGUUCGCCAUCGAUCCCAGGUUGAUCCUUACGCCAAUCCUACCAAGGGCUCUAAGGCAAUUCUUCAACUGGCUUAGGUACGCCAACAGUUUCCUGAACCCACUCUGCUAUGUGGCCUCCCAACCUCUGUUUCGACAGACCAUCAUUAACAUGUUCUGUAAUCCGCGCCAGUACUGCUGA